UGCUGUUUGUUGUGGUGGGUGAGUCGAUUCCUGGUCGGAUUGCCGGGGCGCGGGCGCAUGUGGCGAUUCCGCCGGAUAAGCUACAGCUAUUUCUGGACGCUUCGCUGUUCGGCGGGCUAGGCGUGCGGGGCGUGCGUGACAGUUGGGGGGAAUCGCGGGAAUUCAGGAUCCUUGCGCUUGUUGGAUCUCGAGUUCAGGAGACCUCGCGCCCUGUUUUCUCCUCGUUUUCGCCGCGAGAUUUGGGCUCCUGCCGCUUCUUUUCUUGGCCUUGCUCUCUAUCUAUCUCGUCCUUGUAGUCCUGGUUGGGAUCCCGUAUUCAGGCAGGCACCAUUCGAUUUGAUUUGGAGGGGAAGUUUCUAGUCCAUACCUCCCCAUGGCCGCCUCCAUCGCGGCCUCAGCCUUCUUCCCGGGGUCGCCGGCACCGGCGCCGGCCGCGCCCAAGAACGGCCUCGGGGAGCGCCCGGAGAGCCUGGACGUCCGCGGAGUCGCCGCGAAGCCGGGAUCCUCGUCGAAUGCCGUGAGGGCAGGCAAGACGCGCACACAUGCAGCCGUCCCCAAGGUGAACGGCGGGGGCAAGUCUGCAGUGGCGGAUGGGGAGCACGAGACCGUGCCCUCCUCUGUGCCGAGGACAUUCUACAACCAGCUCCCGGACUGGAGCAUGCUCCUUGCAGCCAUCACGACCAUCUUCUUGGCUGCCGAGAAGCAGUGGACGCUGCUUGACUGGAAGCCCAAGCGACCUGACAUGCUCAUUGAUACGUUUGGCUUUGGCCGGAUCAUACAUGAUGGGCUCAUGUUCAGGCAGAACUUCUCCAUUAGGUCCUAUGAGAUUGGGGCGGAUAGGACGGCAUCUAUUGAGACGCUGAUGAACCAUUUGCAGGAAACUGCACUUAAUCAUGUGAAGACUGCUGGGCUGCUAGGUGAUGGAUUCGGCUCCACACCAGAGAUGAGUAAACGAAACUUGUUCUGGGUGGUUAGCCAAAUGCAGGCCAUUGUUGAGCGUUAUCCAUGCUGGGGUGAUACUGUUGAAGUAGAUACAUGGGUUAGUGCUAAUGGUAAAAAUGGAAUGCGUCGGGAUUGGCAUAUACGUGAUUCUAUAACAGGCGACACGAUACUGAAGGCAACAAGUAAAUGGGUUAUGAUGAACAAGCUCACUAGGAAGCUUGCAAGAAUUCCAGAUGAAGUGCGGACUGAAAUAGAACCCUACUUUUUUGAGCGAUCCGCUAUUGUCGAUGAAGACAACCGCAAACUUCCAAAACUGCCAGAGGAUAAAAGCGCUACUGCAGCCAAAUAUGUCCGUACAGGCCUGACUCCUCGGUGGGCUGAUCUUGAUAUAAAUCAGCAUGUCAAUAAUGUUAAAUACAUUGCAUGGAUUCUUGAGAGUGCACCGAUCUCCAUUCUUGAGAACCAUGAACUGGCGAGCAUUGUGCUGGAUUACAAAAGGGAGUGUGGCCGGGAUAGUGUGCUGCAGUCACACACUACCGUGCACACUGAUUGCAACAGCGAGUCUGGAGAAACAACCUUGCACUGUGAGCAUCUGCUGAGCCUUGAAUCAGGUCCGACCAUGGUGAAAGCCCGGACCAUGUGGAGGCCGAAGGGAACCAAGGCCCAAGAAACUGUGAUUCCAUCUUCAUUGUGAACUGUGUGAUGUUCCAAAUGGUGAUUUUGGCAGGAAAAAAUGAUAAAAUCAUUGUGGCUAUCAGCAUCCUCUAUUGGAAGCAAAGCACACAAGGCAUACGUGAUGCUUUGUUAUAAUCUCAUAGCAACGUGAGACCUAAGCUAAUUUAAACAUAAAGUGUCUGAAGAUAGAGGAGAUAUAAGGGGGCCAACAAUGGUGGCGGCGAGAAGUGGAGAUCGAAGAGGAAAGAAGCCUCCCGUGCAUGGUUUGUUGUUUCUAUUUUUCCUUUGAUUUCUUCUUCCUAUGACAAAAUCUUGGGUUGCACAAAUGGGUCUUGUAAGUAUUGAUUUGUAGCUACUUCUGUAUGACGGGGAGCAGCCAUAUUUGUGCAGAGAAUUAAGCUCGUAUAUUGUAUUUAUUGAUAUUUAAUUUUAUAUUCUUCUCCUGGCUGAUAAAGCAUGUUGAAACUUGGUA